GAUGAUAUCCGCAGGGAGGCUUUUGUCAAUCACCCUGGAGAAGAUGGUUGGGGCUGGGGAGCCGUACUUCCUGCUGGCCUCCACCGCCAGCCUCACCUCGUCGCUCUUGGUGCACAGUGGCCUCUGGGGGUCAGAGAGACACAAUAGAGGGCGCUAAUUCAAAAGACUGCUCCUCCAUGUGUCAACGAAACAGAGGCAGAAGAAGAAGAAGAAGAAGCUGAAACAUGGCGGCCCGCGCACGGCUGCCCUUGCUGUUCCCCAAGAAGCUUCCUCCGCUCAGACACCAGGCGCUCGUCCACACCGAGGCUGCGGCCAAGGAGCCCGCGUACCCCCCCGUCGUCGCCUCGCUCACGGCCAAAAGCAGAUCGGCCCGGCUGCGCCAGAAUGAGGAGCGUGUGAAGCUGAUAUGCGCCUCCCCGGUGGAGGAGAAGCUCUCCCUCGUCACUCGCAUCCAGCGGAUGAAGUUCGUGGUUUACCCUCAGACGUUCGCCCGGGACGCAGACAGGUGGUACCAGCACUUCACCAAGACCGCGUACAUCCCGGGUCUGCCCGACAAAUACACGCAGGAGCCGGAGGAGAGGAGCAGCGCCGCGGCGGAGGGCUCGCCGCCGCCGCCGCCGCAGCAGCCGGGGGCCGCAGCUCGAACCUCGGUGCCGGGCAUUGACGAUGAGGCGUUCGCGGACAUCCGUUCCUUGGUCACCCAGGUCAUUUUACAGGAGCACUGGCACACGAAGAAACGCAAACCGUUCCUGUACCGAGAGCAGGAGAUGAUGGUCGGACCUUUCCUGCGGAACCUGGUGGCCGGACUCACCCACAGUCUGGCCAAACACAACCCGCUGCUGCUGCUCUCCAGUCUGGAUAUUAAUUCCCAAGUGAACUUCUACUGGAGGCGAGGAGAGAGAAUCAUCCCAAAGGGGCACCGGAAAGGCCGGCAAGAGCCAACCAGGUUCCAGAUCGAUGACCGUCCCCACUGUCAGAUUAGGAUCACGGAGCAGCUGCCACAGUUCGCUCCGCUGGAGGCCUCCUAUGCAGCCCAUGUUCCAGAAGUCAAAUUUGCUCCCAACCUGAUGCCUCUAUUCAGACGACAGUAUGACAACAACAUCUUCACAGGUGCCAAGCUACCAGACCCAGCAUGUUACGGUCACACUCAGUUCCACCUGGUCCCGGACCGAUACCACAGAGACCGGAUGUCUCGGCUGAAGCAGUCUGACCAGGUGGAGGUCUUCCUCAGAGCCAACGGACUCGCCAGCCUCUUCGCCUGGACAGGAGCUCAGGCCAUGUACCAGGGUUUCUGGAACCACGAGGACGUCACCAGGCCUUUCGUGUCCCAGGCCGUGGUCACCGACGGCCACUUCUUCUCCUUCUUCUGCUACCAGCUCAACACCGUGGCCCUCUCUGUGGAGACGGACAGCAACAACCCCAGGAAAAACCUGUUGUGGGGCACCGAGAGCCUGCGGCUGUACGAGAGCGUGCGGGACGGAGAGGUGGUGGGCCUGGAUGACGGCGUCCUCAAACUUCUGGUCCAUUUCCUCAUGAACCGACCGUAGACUUGUUCAGGUGUCUCUCUUCUCUUGUGGUUGUUUGCCUCCGUCUGCCGGUGGGAAAAUGUCUUUUGUUCGCCAAGGCACACGAACUCAAGAGAAACACGGCAGACGUGUGCAAGUUUUGUCAGACUGUAUAAAAUGUAAUUAUUUGAAGAAGAAAAAAGCAGAAAACUCAGUUAAUCUGUGUCUAACAGGUUUAUGAGUUUGAAAACUGAACAAAGUUCAGACAUAUACUAAACACACCAUCCCAGAUUAUCAUUACUGUGCAGACUAUUUAUGCAAAAUUAAAAUCAUGCUUUACAAUCUAA